GCGCAACCGGAAGUGGCCGGGCCCUAGCUGGAGGGACCGGGCGAAGCGGAAAUCAUUCCGUGAGGCAGUGGCGACGGCAAGAGGAUGAACAACAAGUUCGACGCAGAGAGAGGAAGGGAGAGACAGAGACACUGACAUGAGAGAGAAACAUCGAUUGGUUGCCUCCGGUACACACCCCAACCGGGGAUCGAACCCGCAACUUAGAUUAAAAGAUGAUGACAGUGGGGACCAUGACCAGAAUGAAGAAAACAGCACACAGAAAGAUGGUGAGAAGGAAAAAACAGAACGAGACAAAAGUCAGAGCAGCAGCAAGAGGAAGGCUGUUGUCCCUGGACCAGCAGAGCACCCCCUGCAGUACAACUACACGUUCUGGUACUCCAGGAGGACCCCCGGCCGGCCCACCAGCUCCCAGAGCUACGAGCAGAACAUCAAACAGAUCGGCACCUUUGCCUCAGUGGAGCAGUUCUGGCGGUUUUACAGCCACAUGGUGCGUCCCGGGGACCUGACUGGCCACAGUGACUUCCAUCUCUUCAAAGAAGGAAUUAAGCCCAUGUGGGAGGAUGAUGCAAAUAAAAAUGGUGGCAAGUGGAUUAUUCGGCUACGGAAGGGCUUGGCAUCCCGCUGCUGGGAGAAUCUCAUCCUGGCCAUGUUGGGGGAACAGUUCAUGGUUGGGGAGGAGAUCUGUGGGGCUGUGGUCUCUGUCCGGUUCCAGGAGGACAUCAUUUCGAUAUGGAACAAGACCGCCAGCGACCAGGCAACCACAGCCCGAAUCCGGGACACGCUUCGGCGAGUGCUUAACCUACCUCCCAACACCAUUAUGGAAUACAAAACCCACACCGACAGCAUCAAGGCCUGGGAGGAGUUUCAUGGCCUGGUGAACAGCAGCGGCCGCUGAUCGGACGCUCCCCUCUGUCUCUCACACUCAGGGGACAAUUCCAGCUUUCGAAACACAAAAAUCACAUUGUGAACGUGCACAGCUGGCAAUAAUCCUCUCCUGUGUGUGUGUUGCCCGAGAGGACAGGAGGUCUCCGGCUGGCCCGCCCCUCUGCUCAUGGAGGGCACCCCCGGGCGGCCUGCUCCCUUUUGCACUCACCCCUGGAGGACGGACCCCGCUAGACACCCUCCAGCAGGGCUGACUUUAUAAAGCGGAAGAAUGGCAAAUGUGACUUUGUGACAGACACACUUUUUUAAUGGUUUCUGUGGGGGGAGUCUAGCCUUUCAUUUUGCCGCGUGCUGUCUGGGUGCCUCUCGGGCCCCCUGCUGUGCUCCUGUCUGCUGUACGAGGGCGCCGUGGCCGAGGGCACCAGCCUGAGCUGCGGACUGGGAGCUGUCAGUGUUAGGGACGCCCGUGCGCCCAGGAAGCCCUGUUUGUUGGAGAGUCCCAGGGUAACUGUAAAUGCUGUCUUCUAGCUUUGCCAUUAAAUUAUUGGGACGUUUUGUUUAUUUUGCUCCCCUUUCCCCCAAGCCCACCACCCUCUGACAGUGUGUUGCUGACUGUGUGGUCUCCUGCCUCACGCCCACCAGUCUUCCCUGGGGUGGGACUCUCCUGCUCAGGUGCUGCUGCACUCAGAACUGUGCCCCAGAGGUCCACCACCUUCCCUGAGGCACCUUAGAGGUGCGACUCUGUACAUUAAACUAGAGCAGAAUCCAGCUGGGUCAGGAGCAAAAUGGCAGCAGAGGUUCUGAGCAAGACUGGGAGCCGAGGGCAGCAUCUGAAAGAGCCUGUUUACACAGAGGGCUGGGGCCUGUGUGUCCAGCCAGUGUCUGUGGGUUCUCGCCUGGCCCUCACCCAGGGACAGGAGCAAAGGCUGGUCACAGCCAGGUGCUCACCCUUCCUGUGAUGAAAAUUCUGUGGUUCUGAAACUGGGGCAUCCAAAGAAAAGGUGACUGUGGCAGAUGGCUUUGAGUGGCUGUGCCUCUCUGGGGAUGUCGGAGACCUGGUCAGUCUUCAUCACCUGGUACCUAUGUGGCAAGCAUGUGCCGAUCCAGGAUGCCCACAAACUUAUGGCAGGCUCCUGCAGGCAUGCCCUAGAGAGGUCUCAGAGCACGUGGGAUUGACCUAAGUACUGAGGACCAGUCCCCUCACAGCCUGGAAGGAGCUCUGUCUUACUAGGCUCUCGUGAGCAGAGAUCCAAGUACCUUAAAUUAAGGUCCCUCCUGAAAUCUUGCAGGCCAAAGGGCCUCAGCCACCUGGCCUCAGAGAAAUUGCGUGCGCAUGCGCAUGACGGGCAUUUUCUCACUGCUCCCGUCACUCCCACUUCCCAUCCCCUCGACACCCUCCGAUUGCCACUGGCUGGGAUGCUUUCUGCUGAAAGAACAGAAGUACAGGGGCCACAGGGAGGUGCUGCUUCUGUUAUGGGUGAGUUAGUUCAGAUAAGAAGAUCCAGCAGUGAUUUAAACCACAGGAACAUGAAGGAUGAAUUCUAGUGCCCAGGCCUUUGCUGAGCACCCAGGCAAACAAGCGCAGGACUGACUGCCUGGGGGGCCAGGCUGCCUCCAGAGACCUGCUCAGCUGCGCGGGGGUGGGGGGCGGCCUCCCCCUUGCCGGAACUCGGAUUUGCCUGGGAAUCCCGGAGAGAGCGGGCACUGGGGCUGCCCUCCUGUGGGCAUCUCCCGGGCUGGUGUGUGUGUGCACAGCGUGUUCAUGAGUGAGGGUUUUGUCAUGCCUGUGCUCAGGUGUUUUGUCCACAUUCAUAUUGUUGCUUUCUAUUUUGGUCUCGUUUGUUCAGAUUUUUUACUCUCCCAUGUUCCUGGAGCUGCUCGUGUUUCCCCUUCCUCUUUGUCAUCGCAGUAUUUGAUAGUGGUUUUUCCCUAUCUAAAACAGGCUGGCCCUGUGCUGGGUAGGCCCCGAGCGGCUUCUGUCUGACAGCGUCUCCCCCGCCAAGUGCUCCAGACACUGCCCGCAGCUUUCAGCUGGCAGGGAGCUGGCAGGGUCGGCUGGUCCCACCCACUCUCCAGCCUCGCCCGGAGGCCUCUUCACCUCUGCCCUCGGAGGCCUCUGCUGUGCCGAGGUGGGACCCAGUUGGCCAUGGCACCACCUGUUCUGGGUGGCCGUGCACCUGACAAACAGGGAUGUCGCUGCCCGGGCCGAGGACCUACUUUCCACUUCACGCAGGCGCGCUGUUUUCCCGGGCCCCUCCGCCGAGUGUCCGGAACCGGCCCCUCCCCGCUCCAGUGCCGUGCUCCUCUCGACUGGUCUCUGUGUGCUUCCGCUUCCCCUGCCAAUGUUCCCUAUUGGCAGUGGCAAUAACUUUCCACCCAGAGAUGCUUGUGGUGCGCGAUGCUCCAGGGAUGAGUCUCCAGGCGUCCACCAGCGGAGGAGGAAGGCGGACAGGAGGGACCCAGUGUCGCACUUUCAGAGCCAUUUCUGCUCAAUAAUAAACGGAAAGUAUCAG